GAUUAAAUUAUAAAAAAAAAAAGUCCAUUGAUAUGUUCAUAUUACAAUUCACACAUCUAUAACACUCCCCUUUUAGAUUCCUCUUUCACACAACACCACCCCCAUUGUUAGAUUUUUCAUUUGUUAGCAGAAAAUUAUGGCCAACACCAUGCUCGCCGGGCUCCUCAUUCUCCUUCUCUUUGUCAUGUCUGCAAUGUGGUUGGGCAAGGCGGAAGAAGAAGAUAUAAGAAAGCCCUAUAUUGUUCACAUGAUCAAAUCCAUGAAACCCCACCAUUUCAAUUUACACCAACACUGGUACGCUUCACUGCUCAGCCAGGCCUCGGGGUCGGAUUCCACUGCAAAUGCAAAUGAGCUGUUAUACACAUAUGAUAUUGUGUUGCACGGCUUUGCUGCAAGGCUGAGCGAAGCAGAGGCUGAAGCAAUGGAGGGUAUGGAGGGGUGCUUGGCCGUAAUCCCUUCCUCCAUCAACAAAAUUGCCACUACACACUCUCCAGAGUUUCUGGGUCUCUCCUCCUCCUCCUUGUCUUCUCCUGGAUUAUGGUCUCAAUACUCUACCUAUGGCGAAGAUAUCAUCGUGGGCGUAAUCGACACAGGCGUAUGGCCUGAAAGUAAAAGCUUCAACGAUGCAGGACUCGGACCUGUUCCAGUGAGAUGGAAAGGAACGUGUGAAAGCGGGCGGGCCUUCAACUCAUCGCACUGCAAUAGAAAGAUCAUUGGAGCUCGAUACUUCUACAAAGGCUACCUAAAUAAUGUCUCUAAAAUGAGUGAAACGUUGGAAUACCUGUCUCCCAGAGACGGCAAUGGUCACGGCACCCAUACAGCCUCAACUGCUGCGGGAGCAGCGGUAACGGGUGCCAGUCUUUUCGGUUUCGCCAACGGAACGGCCAGAGGAAUGGCUCCUCAUGCAAGGCUGGCCAUCUACAAAGCCUGCUGGGCGCCUGGAGGAAAUUGCGAUGAGAGCGACGUCACUGCUGCCAUGGAACAAGCCAUUGCUGAUGGCGUCGACAUUCUUUCUAUCUCAAUUAGCUCACAAGACGUCCCAUUCCACAUGAAUCUCAGAGAAAUUGCAGCGUUUGGAGCGACAGAAAAGGGAAUAUUUGUUUCUGCCUCGGCAGGAAACAAUGGACCAUUUUCAUCUAGUCUGAGUAACACAGCGCCAUGGAUUACAACCGUGGGUGCGAGCAGCAUCGACAGAGAUUUCCCUGCUUCUGUGGUGAUGGGCAACCGGGAGAUAUACAGAGGCACCUCUGCCUUCAAAGGAGGAGAUGGAAAAUUGCAAGGGCCAUUCCCUCUCGUGUAUGUCUCUACCAGUAGCAGGUCAAAGCGUUGUCUUGACCGUAGCCUGGACCCCAAUGCGGUAAAGGGUAAGAUAGUGCUGUGUGAUCAGUUAUUAUUUACUAUCAAUCCAGAUGAAUCUGGCGCACUGGAGAAGGCUGAGGAAGUAGCUAGAGCAGGCGGUGCAGGAAUGAUUGUGACCAAUGAAGAGCUCCUUGGAGCACAGCAGCAGUUUUCCUACACUUUUAAAUUUCUUGCUAUCAGCGUAAGUUUCAAAGCCGGCGAAAGAAUAAAAUCCUACAUCAACAGCACAUCCUAUACUAUUACUGCCACGGCCGCCAUGCGUCUCACUGGAUUGACUAUUGUGGGAAACGCAACAGCCGCUCCCAUAGUGGCUGCUUUUUCAUCGAGGGGGCCGAGCGAAGCAUAUCCUUCUGUUCUCAAGCCUGAUAUGCUUGCUCCUGGUGUCGACAUAUUGGCAGCAUACGCUGGAAGUCUGGACUACUACUUAGAUUCAGGGACCUCCAUGGCGUGUCCUCAUGUCAGCGGCAUUGCAGCGCUCAUAAAAGCCAUCCAUCCCACCUGGAGCCCUGCCGCCAUCAAAUCAGCUCUCAUGACGUCUUCCUACAUUGUUGAUAAUGGAAAGCGGGCGAUCAGAGAUUCAGUUACCAUGGAGGCAGCUAACCCAUUUGAUAUGGGCUCAGGCCACGUGGACCCAAGAUCUGCGAUGGAUCCUGGGCUUGUCUAUGACAUGGCACCGGAAGAUUAUAUAGAUUUUCUCUGCUCUCUCAACUACACCAAGAUACAAAUUGCUCUUCUCACCAAGAAACUGAUCUCGUGUCCCAAGUCCAGUUUGAAAGCCGGAGAUCUCAAUUACCCUUCGUUUUCUGUCGUGUUUAAGCCGGGCAACAGUUCGGCUCAGGUGAGUAAAGAACAGUGACGAAUGUGGGUGCAGUUGCAGAGGGUAAUGUGGUAUACAGAGCGAGUGUGAAGAGCCCUUCUCGUGUCAGCAUCAGUGUGGAGCCCCAAACGUUAGUGUUCAGACAUCUGUACGAUAAAGCCAGCUACAGAGUGAAAUUUGAAAGUAAUGUAACAAGCCCAUCUCCAUCCGAGGGAGACCAAAAAGGCUUUGGAGAGAUAAGGUGGACUUGCAUUAAGGGUGGAGCACAAGUUGUUCGUAGUCCAGUUGUAUUGACGUGGCAAGCUUCAAACUAAUCCAACCUAGCCGUGCUACUUAGUAUGUCAUUUGCAAACACAUAUGUUAGCAAUCACAGCUUGGUGAUUGGUGUGUAAUGUUCUAUUUUGCAAACAUAAAUGUGAUAUAUCAAACAUAAUAUUAAUUAUAUUUAAUAAUGUAAUGUAAUUAUGUUUAAUUAGCUGAUAGGUUUUAUUGUGGGUUUUUAAGCAUGGAAAAGUGUCAGUCAGUUGGAAAAGUCCGCCCACUAGCGGUCGGAAACUUGUCACUUUUGUGUCGAAAUUUAUUGGAAUCUGACCGUCGGGACCCUCCUUGUCAGUAGCAGGAAAUCUAUUGCUGCCGUGUCUGAAUUUAUUGGCGGGGUUUUUAAAAGUUUUUAUCUUUGGCUGUGAUAUUGCUUGCAAGCCAUUGAGCUAGCAUGGCAUUUAUUAGCGCCAAGUUUAUUGUACUUCAAGAGAACUCACCACAGACAUGUUAAGCUACACGGCAUGGGAAUAGUUGUGUGGUGUUUUCCAAAGUGGUGUUAGAGUCUGCCAAUGUUUUUCCAUCUGCAUUCGGUAAUCAAUCCCAGUUGU